UUUUCCUUCCGAGGUGUCUGCAGAAUGCUUGGAUUUUCUACAUCUCAAAGCUCUUUUAAUUCACUGCUCACAACCAAAUUUACAUCUUAAUUGCUGAGUUCACAUUUAACAAUAUAGACAGCAUAAUGCUACUGGUAAUUAAGCUUUUACUACCUGCUUUUGUACAGUAUUCUUAGGCACAGUUUUUGCUAUGUGAGUUCUCCACUAGAAACUUGUAUGCAUUUAGACCACAAAUAAAAGGCAUCAGGCCCAUAUCUUAGAUAUGGCUAAAUACAUGGCAGGGAAAUUGCUUUCUUCUGUUGGGGGGACCAAAUCAUAUCUGUCAUUUUUAUAUUCUGAAUGUUAAUGUGGCUGUUCUAGUUUAGUGUUUUGUUUUUUAAAGGCCUAGAACAUUUGAGAGGCUGAAAGACUGAGCUGAGUUCUGAUCUAGUAAAUUUAACACAGACUGGAUAUCUCAACUAAUUUAUUUUGAUCUCAAAGAUUAUACUAUUUAUAUCAUGUAGGACUAAUAUGCAGUAGAGCUGAAUUAUAUCAAAAUUUCGGGUCAUAAGGUAGCAGUUAUCUCUUUGUCAUAAAUAGCUGGUAGCUAUUCCAUUGUACAUUUGCUAGUAUAAAAAAUCCUGUAUUUAAAAAUAGGACUUAAGAAAAUUCUUUGUUAUAUGGAAACUAAAAACAGGCUUAUACACUGUUGGAGAAAAAAGACCCUUCUCUUAUAUUCUCUUUUCUUUAAAAAGCACUUCUGUUUGAAACUCGUCCUUAUAAUGACCAGACUGUGUGAUGAUUUACAAAAUGUUUCUGGGUUGAUUUUUUAAAGCAUUCAGCGUGUGUUAUAUGUUAUAAUUAUAUAACCUGCAUUUUAUUUGAAAGCUAAUGUUUUGGGUAAAAAUCAUAUAUACUUGUAUAUGUCUCCCAGUUUGGAAGCUUACAUUGAAAUAAGUAUAUGACUAAGAACACUUUUAGUGCGCCAGUUAGUAAUGCUCUCCCCACAAAAAAAAAAAAAAAAGAAAAGAAAGAAAAAAGAAAAAAAAAGCAGUCUUUAUUUUGUCAAAAUGCAUUGAGACGGUUUCAAUGUACUACUUACCCUACGGCCCUCAGUGUCCCACCCCUGAAACUGGAGCAGCCAAUUUGCUCUGCAGUUGUUUACCUUUGUUUUGAAAAGCUAUGCAUUGUAUAUCUAUAGGUAGAGAGAUAGAAGCAGGUAAAGAAAUGUUUACACAUAGAAUUUACAUAGGCAUUCUCGUAAAUUGCAUUGAGGCACGCUUUCCUCUUCUGUAGUUGUGUAAAACUGCAUUCCACCUCAAAGAGGACGAUCCCACUUCACAUGCCCGAACAAUUUAGAAAGCAUGUCUUGGAUAUUUUUUUUUUUUAAUGCCCAGUAGAGAUCAGGGAAACAGGCAACGACAUGAUGACGGAUCAAUGAGAAAGUACAGCACUAAAUAAGAAGGAGCCCCCUCCCGUGGAAUAAAACACAGACUACGGCAGGACAAACUUCAUUCUCUACCUUCCGCAGAAUCCUUUCCCAAAUUAACUGAGAGUCUGCGUGAGUUCUUCUGUGCAAGGCAAAAGAGAUCUUAGGUGAGAAACCCAAGACACAUCCCUCCAGUGCUUAGAGGGUUAAAUUAGUUAGGUUUCUUUUCUCGCUUCCCGGGGCGGGGGGUAGGGAGAAAAAAAGAUAAGAAAAAAGAAAAAGAAAGAAAGAAAGAAAAGGCAGAGCCCAGUAUCUACGGGCAGCGUUUCGCUCUCUGGUCCUCGCUGUCUUUUUCUCUCCCGUUCCGUUGCCAGCCCCUUCGCGUCUCUGCACCCUCCGUACCUGCCUGCUUCCGCGGCGCCUCGCAGCCUCCAGUCGCCUCCGUCCUGAUUGGGCGGAGACCCCCCAAUCGGCUGCGCGCCUGGGCCGGUGGGACUGCAUAUGUUAAGCUCUACUUCAUAUUAAUAAGCUCCAAUCGGGGCUUUAAGUCCUUGAUUAGGAGAGUGUGAGAGCUCUGGUCCCAACUGGCUGUGCCUAUAGGCUUGUCACCAGGAGAACAUUUGUGUUAAUUGCGCUCUGCUCUGUCAAGGAAACUUUGAUUUAUAGCGGGGGUGCGCAAAUAAUGGUUGCCGGUCGCACAUGGAUUCGGUAGAACUUUGCCUUCCUGAAUCUUUUUCCCUGCACUACGAGGAAGAGCUUCUCUGCAGAAUGUCAAACAAAGAUCGACACAUUGAUUCCAGCUGUUCGUCCUUCAUCAAGACGGAACCCUCCAGCCCAGCCUCCCUGACGGACAGCGUCAACCACCACAGCCCAGGUGGCUCUUCAGACGCCAGCGGGAGCUACAGUUCAACCAUGAAUGGCCAUCAGAACGGACUUGACUCGCCACCUCUCUACCCUUCUGCUCCUAUCCUAGGAGGUAGUGGGCCUGUCCGGAAACUGUACGAUGACUGCUCCAGCACCAUUGUUGAAGACCCCCAGACCAAGUGCGAAUACAUGCUCAACUCGAUGCCCAAGAGACUGUGUUUAGUGUGCGGUGACAUCGCGUCCGGGUACCACUAUGGGGUAGCAUCCUGUGAAGCCUGCAAGGCAUUCUUCAAGAGGACGAUUCAAGGUAAUAUAGAAUAUAGCUGCCCUGCCACGAAUGAAUGUGAAAUCACAAAGCGCAGACGUAAAUCCUGCCAGGCUUGCCGCUUCAUGAAGUGUUUAAAAGUGGGCAUGCUCAAAGAAGGAGUGCGUCUUGACAGAGUACGUGGAGGUCGGCAGAAGUACAAGCGCAGAAUAGAUGCGGAGAACAGCCCAUACCUGAACCCUCAGUUGGUUCAGCCAGCCAAAAAGCCAUUGCUCUGGUCUGAUUCUGCAGAUAACAAGAUUGUCUCACAUUUAUUGGUGGCUGAACCGGAGAAGAUCUAUGCCAUGCCUGACCCUACUGUUCCCGACAGUGACAUCAAAGCCCUCACUACACUGUGCGACUUGGCCGAUCGAGAAUUGGUGGUUAUCAUUGGAUGGGCGAAGCAUAUUCCAGGCUUCUCCACGCUGUCCCUGGCGGACCAGAUGAGCCUUCUGCAGAGUGCUUGGAUGGAAAUUUUGAUCCUUGGUGUCGUGUACCGAUCUCUUUCCUUUGAGGAUGAACUUGUCUAUGCAGACGAUUAUAUAAUGGAUGAAGACCAGUCUAAAUUAGCAGGCCUUCUUGACCUAAAUAAUGCUAUCCUGCAGCUGGUAAAGAAAUACAAGAGCAUGAAGCUGGAGAAAGAAGAAUUUGUCACCCUCAAAGCAAUCGCUCUUGCUAAUUCAGACUCCAUGCACAUAGAAGAUGUCGAAGCUGUUCAGAAGCUUCAGGAUGUCUUACAUGAGGCCUUGCAGGAUUAUGAGGCCGGCCAGCACAUGGAAGACCCUCGCAGGGCCGGCAAGAUGCUGAUGACGCUGCCGCUCCUGAGGCAGACCUCUACCAAGGCCGUGCAGCAUUUCUACAACAUCAAGCUGGAAGGCAAAGUCCCCAUGCACAAACUUUUUUUGGAAAUGCUGGAGGCCAAGGUCUGACUAAAAGCUUCCCCAGGCAUCCUAUCCUGCACGCCGAAAAAGGGAAAAAUAAACCCAAGAGUGAUGUCAAAAAAACUUAGAGUUUAGUUAACAACAUCAAAAAUCAAGUAAGACUGCACUGAUAAUUUAGCAGCAAGACUAUGAAGCAGCUUUCAGAUUCCUCUGUAUCCUCCUGAUGAGUUUUUUUCUACCUUAAUCUCAUCUUUUCUCCGUUUCUUUUGCUCUUUAUUUUUUUUUUCUCCCUCCCUAUUCUCUUUCUCCUUCGUUUCUUGCUUCCUUCAUUGCUGGUUCCCCACUCUCUCCUUUCCUUUCUUCUUUCCUUCCUUCCUUCCUUUCUUCUUUCCUUCCUUCCUUCCUUCCUUCCUUCCUUCCUUCCUUCCUUCCUUCCUUCCUUCCUUUCUUCCUUCCUUCCCUCCCACCCUCCUUCCUUUCUUCUUCUACUUUCCUCCCUCUUUUCUCAUUCUUCCCCUUUCUUUUAAAUUUUAAUAGCUCUGGUUAUAAGAAAAUGUUGCUGCCUUUCCUUUCGUUUUCUUUUCCUCCCUCCCUUCCUCCUUACUUCAUUCCUUCCUUCCUUCCUUCUGCUGCUGAACUUUUAAAAGAAGUCUCUAAUUGGAGAGUGAUGGAAGCCAGCCCUGCCAAAGGAUGGAGAUCCAUAAUAUGGAUACCAGUGAACUUCUUGUGAACCAUAACAUCCCCAAUGACUAAGGAAUCAAAGAGAGAGAACCGCCGUACCUAAGAGUGCAGUGCAACAUACACAAAUUGACUGAGUGCAGUAUUAGAUUCCACGCGAGCAGCCUCUAAUUAGACGACUUAAGCAACGUUGCAUCGGCUGCUUCUUAUCAUUGCUUUUCCAUCUAGAUCAGUUACAGCCAUUUGAUUCCUUAAUUCUUUUUUCAAGUCUUCCAGGUAUUUGUUAGUUUAGCGACUAUGUAACUUUUUCAGGGAAUAGUUUAAGCUUUAUUCAUUCAUGCAAUACUAAAGAGAAAUAAGAAUACUGCAAUUUUGUGCUGGCUUUGAACAAUUAUGAACAAUAAUGAAGGACAAAUGAAUCCUGAAGGAAGAUUUUUAAAAAAUGUUUCAUUUCUUCUUACAAAUGGAGAUUUUUUUGUACCAGCUUUACCACUUUUCAGCCAUUUAUUAAUAUGGGAAUUUAACUUACUCAAGCAAUAGUUGAAGGGAAGGUGCAUAUUAUCACGGAUGCAAUUUAUGUUGUGUGCCAGUCUGGUCCCAAACAUCAGUUUCUUAACAUGAGCUCCAGUUUACCUAAAUGUUCACUGACACAAAGGAUUAGAUUACACCUGCAGUGACUCUGAGUAGUCACAUAUACAAGCACUACACAUGGAAUACAGAUCCGUAGAAUGAUCAGGAGCACCCCUCUCUACCUGGGAGGCCCAGUUGCCAUAGGAUUUCUAGCUGCCACGGUGGUUAGGAAUGAGAUACUGCCUGUUUGCAAAGUUACAGACCUUUUCUCAGAAGGAGCUGUGAGCCAGUAUUCACCUAAGAGGCAAUAAGGCAAAUGCCAGAAUUUGAAAAAAAAAAAAAAAAAAAAAAAAAAAAAUCAUCAAAGACAGCAGACGCCUGACCAAAUUCUAAAACCUAAUCUCUAUGGGUUGAUUCAUUUAGGAAUGUUUGUUUAAAUUAAUCUGCAGUUUUUACCAAGAGCUAAGCCAAUCUAUGUGCUUUUCAACCAGUAUUGUCACAGCAAGAAAGUCAGUCAGGUCCCAGACUGUUAAGAGGUGUAAUCUAAUGAAGAAAUCAAUUAGAUACCCCCAAAAUCUACAAUCGCUGAAUAACCAAUAAACAGUAACCUCCAUCAAAUGCUAUACCAAUGGACCAGUGUUAGUAGCUGCUCCCUGUAUUAUGUGAACAGUCUUAUUCUAUGUACACAGAUGUAAUUAAAAUUGUAAUCCUAACAAACAAAAGAAAUGUAGUUCAGCUUUUCAAUGUUUCAUGUUUGCUGUGCUUUCCUGAAUUUUAUGUUGCAUUCAAAGACUGUUGUCUUGUUCUUGUGGUGUUUGGAUUCUUGUGGUGUGUGCUUUUAGACACAGGGUAGAAUUAGAGACAAUAUUGGAUGUACAAUUCCUCAGGAGACUACAGUAGUAUAUUCUAUUCCUUACCAUUAAUAAGGUUCUUCCUAAUAAUAAUUAAGAGAUCGAAACUCCAAACAAGUAUUCAUUAUGAACAGAUACACAUCAAAAUCAUAAUGAUAUUUUCAAAACAAGGAAUAAUUUCUCUAAUGGUUUAUUAUAGAAUACCAAUGUAUAGCUUAGAAAUAAAACUUUGAAUAUUUCACGAAUAUAGAUAAGUCUAAUUUUUAAAUGCUGUAUAUAUGGCUUUCACUCAAUCAUCUCUCAGAUGUUGUUAUAAACUCGCUCUGUGUUGUUGCGAAACUUUUUGGUGCGGACACGUUUCCAAAACUAUUGCUACUUUGUGUGCUUUAAACAAAAUACCUUGGGUUGAUAUUUCAUCAACCUAGUGCUAGGAAUACUGUGUAUCUAUCAUUAGCUAUAUGGGACUAUAAUUGUAGAUUGUGGUUUCUCAGUAGAGAAGUGACUGUAGUGUGAUUCUAGGUAAAUCAUCAUUAGCAAUUCAUUCAGAUGGUCAAUAACUUGAAAUUUAUAGCUGUGAUAGGAGUUCAGAAAUUGGCACAUCCCUUGAAAAAUAACAACGGAAAAUACAACUCCUGGGAAAAAAAAAAAAAGGUGCUGAUUCUCUAAGAUUAUUUAUAUAUGUAAGUGUUUAAAAAAGAUUAUUUUCCAGACAGUUUGUGCAGGGUUUAAGUUACUACUAUUCAACCACACUAUAUAUAUAAAUAAAAUAUAUACAAUAUAUACAUUGUUUUCACUGUAUCACAUUAAAGUACUUGGGCUUAAGGAGUAAAAGCCAAGCAACUGAAAACGCAAGAUGGAGAGAUGUAAAAAGAGCGAAGAACAAUUUUUAGUUUUCAGUUUAAUUGACUCUCAGCAUUGCAAGAGAAUAAGUAUCUCACAAAUAGGAAACACAACUAAAAUUUAGAUCUAAAAGAACUGCACGGGCUUUAGGGUAAAUGCUUCAUCUUAAACCUCACUUGAGGUAAGUUUUUUCAAGUUUCAAGCAAGACCAUUUACUUAAUGUGAAGUAUUGGAAAGUUAUCAAGGUGUAUGUUUUAGCUGUAUGAUUUUAAUUGUAAUUUUGCUUCUUUUAGGUUUGUUCUUAUUUAAAGCAAUAUGAUUGUGUGACUACCUGUAGUUACACUUGUGUUUCAAUCAGAUCAGAUUGUUGUAUUUAUUCCACUAUUUUGCAUUUAAAUGAUAACAUAAAAGAUAUAAAAAAUUUAAAACUGCUAUUUUUCUUAUAGAAGAGAAAAUGAGUGUUGGUGAUUGUAUUUUAAUUAUUUAAGCGUCUCUGUUUACCUGCCUAGGAAAACAUUUUAUGGCAGUCUUACGUGCAAAGAUCGUAAAAGGACAAAAAAAAUUUUAACUGCUUAUAAUAAUCCAGGAGUUGCAUCAUAGCCAGUAGUAAAAAGAAUAAUAAUAAUAAAACCUUGUCUAUAGCUGUAGAUGGGCUUCACAUCUGUAAAGCAAUCAAUUGUAUAUUUUUGUGAUGUGUACCAUACUGUGUGCUCCAGCAAAUGUCCAUUUGUGUAAAUGUAUUUAUUUUAUAUUGUAUAUAUUGUUAAAUGCAAAAGGGAGAUAUGAUUCUGUAACUCCAAUCAGUUCAGAUGUGUAACUCAAAUUAUUAUGCCUUUCAGGAUGACGGUAGAGCAAUAUUAAACAU